AUGGCCGACGAAGACCCUCGAGGCGCGGCGAGUUACGCUGGCCGCUGGAGGCCCCGCCGCAAGCUCAAGAAGGACGGCACCCCGCGCAAGUCCAGGCGCGGGUGGGGGCCCUACCGCUCGGUGCCCAACGAGCGCUCGGUCGCCUUCAACCUCUCGCUGGACGUGCAGAAUCUGCAGCAGACUGUGCGCAACCUCUCGGCCCUGCGCGACAUCCUGCACACCAAGGCGCUGGUGCAGUGCCACUCGCCCGAGGGGUCCCUGUGCAGGCUGGUGCACGAGUACCUGCACGUGUUCCGCAAGGGCGUUCUACCGCGCGAGGUAGCGGACGACCGCGACCAGCGCGCGUUAAUGCGCCGCGUCAUGGCCGAGGAGGUGGAUCUGGGCUACGGCCUGUGCGGGCCCGACGCCAUCAUGGCGCAGAUGGCCAACUACUCGACGUUCCUGCGCUUCAUCUGCCUCAGGGGGAUAGUGGACAUCGUCGUCGUAGCCGAAGACUCGGUGGUGAUCUCGGACAAGGCCUGGUUCCAGUUCCAGGUCACGCGCCGCACGAUCGAGAUGGUGUUCCCGCACAUUCUCGGCAACGAGUGGCUGGUGGCAGAGCUUGUCGGCCAGGAGGUCGAAGCGGAAGGCCGCUCAACUUUCCACUUUAACACCGAAGGCAAAUGCUACAGAUACGACGUGGAGAUGGACUUUGUGGGGGCGUUUACCAAAGUCGUGAAGAACCCGCACAUUGUGAACAUCCUCCUUGGACGAGCACUUAUCACGCACAAUGCCAUGCUCGGU